AUGUUUCAGUUUCGACACCGCUCAAGUCCCGCCUCUGUCGCGGCUGCUGGUCCAGUGGCGGCGCAGGAAUGCAAACAAGAACAGCAGGACAAGACCCCGAGACGCAAAAGUUCCCAGCAAGCCGGAGUGACAGGGAAGGGCGGUGAGCAACGACAACGGCGCAAACAACAGCCCAUACUAUCGCUGCGUCACACACCGGAACGGCAGCAGCAACGAGGCAUCGGGAAUCUUCCUUUGAUCCAGGCUCUUCCUCGCGCACCAGAUCCUUGCUACGACAACGUCUCACUGUUCUAUUUUAUCCAUCGUUUCGUCUCACCAAACCGAGAGGAUGGCUUCCCAGGUCACCUGAGCUUCCUCCCCAGCCUGUACGACUCCCACAGCCAUGGCCUCCUGGAAGUGGCCACCCUCAGCGUCGCCCAAAUGGCGGCGUACAACAAAUUUGGCGGCGAAAAGUUCCGCGUUCAGUCAUACGAGAACUAUAGCCGCGCCAUCCGGAUGUUGCAAAACCUCAUACAAUCCGAAGAGCAAGCCACCGAUGACAAAGUCAUAACGUCGGUGUUGCUCCUCUGCAUGCUAAACGACAUCUGCGGUGAACAAGCCGGUGGCGCCCGCGAGCACGCUCCUGGGCUUUACUACCUCGUGGAGAAACGGGGGCUGGAGCAGAUUGCGACCAGACGGGGAGCAGAGCUCCUCUUCUUAGCACUCAUUCGGUUGGAGGCCGUAUUGACUCUUUGGCAGCAUGUCUACUCCUUCAUACAUGACGAUGACAGGUAUGUCGACCCAGGGGCCAUUGCCAGCGCCUGGGGCGUCUUCGACCCCCUACUCCGCGCUCUCGGCAUGAUGUCCAAGACGCUGGUGCUCCGACAUCAGCUGCUCUCGGGCAGUGUUUAUCUCGAUGCCGAGGAACAAUUAUCCGUGAUACAAAAGUGCUCUGAGACGCUGGACGACUUCCAUCGCUGGGAUAUUGAAGCAGCAGAUUAUUGGCAGAGCAUGUUCAAGAGGCUCGGGUCGCCGACGGCACUGGGCCAGGUUGCAUCCGGAACGACGCACUACGACGUCGAAACGGCUUGCACUAUCAUCUUGAUCCGGUCUGCGCGUCUCAUCCUGCUGAUGAGCAUGAUCACGCACCAUUAUCAACAAGAACAAGGCGGCGGUGUUGGGAGGAUGUUGGACGAGUACCUCCCAUUUCUUGAGAUGGAUGUCACCACUGUGAUAGACGACAUCCUCGCGACCGUGCCAUACGCACUUGGCGAUGUUGCUCCCGGUGGACUCCCCGGGACCGUCCCCCCACGACGGGGCUGCCGCCAUAGUCAUUGUUCACUCGAUUCGGCUGGUGUCAUCCUGCGCGUACGUGACCCCAGAUCAGAGCGUAAAGGCGACGGAGAUUUUGGCACGGCUCAACGCCGGCAUCGGGAUUCGAGCUGCGGUAGUCGUGGGGGAUGA